UCUCUCUCUCUCUCUCUCUCUCUCUCUCUCUCUCUCUCGCUCUCUCUCGCUCUCUCUCUCUCGCGCUCUCGCUCUCGCGCUCUCUGUAGGUAAGUGACUGCUUACGCUACUCCUUUCCUAUUCAACUUUGGAAAAUGAUUUGUUAUGCUUUUUAUUGUCAUGUAAGUCCUCUGUGACAUUGUGUGCAUCAGGGUAAUUGCAUCAAUGUGUUAUCCCCUACCUCAAGGGGAUUUUGUUUUGGAAAAAGAUUUAGGCUGUGUUCUCAGUCUUUCUCAGCCUGGGGUCUAGCUUACCUGUGUCAACAUGGUGACUGCGCCAGGUGUACUGACGACCCUUGUGUUAACAGGAUUGUGUGUCCACGUCACAGGAUCAUCUAGAGCCGUCUGUACCACCCGUCUGUAUUCCCUGAACUUAAACUGUGUCCUGCAGUGGGAUUGUCCACAGGCGAACGCUACCACCACCUACACCGUCCAAACUAAGACUCAGGGUGAUUCGUGGCAGGACGUGGAGAGUUGUGUGCGGUUCUCCUCCCAGCUGUGUGACCUGUCCGAGGCCUUCUCUAACUUCGAGGUGUACAACAUGAUCCGCCUGGGCCUCCACCAGGGCCCGGGGAGUCCAGUCUGGACAGAAAAUCUGGGGUUUGGCGUCCGUGAUUUCAACUUCAGCAGCCCCUCCGUCUUGGUCUCUCUGUCCGGAGAGAGGCUGGGAGUGGAGGUGCACUUACCUUGUUCUAGCAAAAGGGAGUGUCUUCCUCUGCAGAGUUGCUGUCCACUGUCAAAAUUGAUUGACCUCUGGGUCACCGUGACAGUAUAUGACCGACAGAACCCCUCCGACUACAAGACGCAGAUUGGUUUGAUCCAGACGAUGGUGUAUGGGGCAGAGUUCUCAAACCUGGUCCCAGGACAUGACUACUGUGUCGUGGCUAACUUCUCCGUCAGUCCGGCCACCUUCCCCCAGGCCUCGUCUCCUCCCUCGGACCCCAGUUGUGUCCACCAUGCUGGCCCAGGACUAGGGUUGCAGCCAGUGUUGUUGGGGAUAGGAGUAUGUGCUGUACUCUUCUCUCCUCUCCUUGCUCUCGCUCUGUACCUGCUGAAACAAAAACGAGAUGUACCACACGUAAACAGACUCCCCAAGUCUCUAGCAUCUCUUCAGGCAUUCCUCCAGGACCUGCCGGAGUCCCCUUCAGACCCUGUUGACCCCAGUGACAUUGUAGACGACCACCUCUCCAUCCUGUCCUCUUUCUCCAGCUGUGUCUGCACCGAGGCCCAGGCCCCAAGCCGGGGUAAUGGGUACAACAGCAACCCCUUCCUCAGUGACUAUAGGUCAGGCAACAUGCACUGGAACACUGAGAGAAUGGAGCUAAACCUGAACUCAGGCAGCACCAUAUCCCUGCCAUGCUCCACUGUGCCUAUAGGCCUGCAUAUGAUCCAGUGCAGCUUUGAUUCACCUCGGCAACCACAUCCAGGGCCCAAUGUGCCAGUUCUACCGUACCCUGGUUCUCGAUCUCUGUCAGAGGCCGUGGAGGGCCAGGUGGUCCCGCUGUGUUCUGUGAGGUUUGGGAGUGUGAGUGAGGGGGAAUGGGGGUGAGAACCUUGAGGGACUACAGUGGUGUAACCUGUAGCAUGUUGCACUGCAGUACUCACAAUGCCAUGUUUAACAUAUUCCUAUGAACUCCACAGUGCUGAGAGGAGUUGCAAAACUUUAUUGACCAUUUUUGUUGAAAAUUGUAAUUUUUUCCCUCAGCUUACAGCCAUACAUUUUCAGUUCCAACAGGACUGUGGUAUGGUCCAGCACCUUACCAAGGUCAACCAUAACAAGGACAAUACUGGACAGUGCAAUCAUAAACACAUACACUCUUAGAAAAAAGGGUUUCAAAAGGGUUCUUCGGCUGUCCCCAUAGGAGCCUUUUCUGAACCAAAACUAUUCUUCCUGGAACCAAAAAGGGUUCUUCAAUGGGUUAUCCUAUGGGGACAGCCGACAAACCUUUUUAGGUUCUAGAUGGCACCUUUUUUUCUAAGGGGGGUUUAUUAUUCUGACUCUCCUUUAAAUUGCCUUUGUCUACUGUGCCAAGUGUCUUUUCUGCUCUUUUUCUGUGUCAUAAUAGGUUGUUCUCCCCCCUCUCUCUGCCUUGCUUCUGACUCACUGUUGCCCCAUCCCAUCUCCGGCCUGACCCCCACUGUCUCUUACCCGUGUCUGACAUCUCAUUCUGGGGGAGGAGGACAGAGGGUAGGGGAACAUCUCUCUCCUGCCUCUCGUUUCACUGGUGGUGAACUUUUCCCGGAACAUUAGAACAUUCGGGAGUAGAGACCGAGGAGACGUUGGAUGGGAAACAGUGAUUGGCCCUAUUGUUCUGGAAACCACAGCCUGCGUAUGGCUCAUAAUAAUAUCACUGUCUGGAAGAUUUUGAUUCAUGUUGUUGGUUUAAUAUUGGGGUUGGAUCAUGAGUCCAAACUAAACAUUGUGUUUGCUUGCCAAUCAUAAACGCUAAUUCUCAGGCAUCCAACAGGUAUCGCAUCUAACCUUGAACUUUGGUUUUUGGAGCAACAUUUUAUGGGUUCUGCUGUAUUUGCAGUCAAUUCACCAGAAACCUGAUCCAAAAUGGUCGCUUUGUGGCUCACUCUUCACUGGUGUGUGCUGGCUAGCUCUGCAGCUGAGGUGGUGAAGUUGGAUUGGGGAUUUACGUGGUGUUCGACAGGCAGUAAAACAUGUUGGUGGGGGCUUGCCUGUUAUGCAUGUUAUUUUGGCAUUAAAUGUCACAUCAGUUUGCAAACAAUGCAAUAAAAAUAAAUAAAUUAUUUAAUAAAGCCGCAUACAAACAUGGUCUCUUUUUUGCUUUCUAAGGCAGCUCCAAAAUGCAGGUGUUUCAGCCGAUCUCAUUGCUUUCUUUGGUGGUGGGUCAGCCAGUAGAAAAUAUAGAGUGCGGGUUUUGGUAAUGUUCUCUAGUUGCGCCGUGAUUGGCUCAGUGUUCUGUCACUCAUAGGGACACUACGUCACCGCUAAGUCUAAGGGUAGAGCUUAAAAAUUCAAACCUCUUGGGUUCUGCCAUAGUUAUAUGUCAACGGCAUACUUUCAAAAUCUUAGCUAGCAGUGAUCAUGAAUCAAGUUGAUAAUCUACUGGCAAAUCCUUUUUAAUCCUUGUAUAUGAAGAGAAAUUAUAGAUAAAACGUAUCGGUACUCAUCGGCCAUUGGACAUAAACAUUGCACAAGCUGGAAAUUGCAAAUUCAACAAUGAAGGGUUUGGAAGGAGUCCGUCGCUAACUGCAAGCAUUGCAAAGCAAUCACUAGCCUGCUUUUCAGUGGAGUUGCUGUGGUCCCAAGUCUGGGAUUAAGGGUCUCUUUUCCAAGUUUAAAAUGAUGAACAUUCAAUGUUGGCCAUGCUGUCAAUGAUGCAUGAUUUGUGCCAUGCUCAAAACAACAUAACUCAGUGAAAUUGGGAGGAAAAAACGAGUUCCGAUUGGGGAAAAUACAUUUUGAGCUGUCAUCCAACUCAGAAUCGGAACUCGGGCCUCUUUCUAGAGCUAUGACCUGAAGAUCACUGACGUCAUCAUGAUUCAACUCUUUGAGUUCCAAGUUGUCUUGAAAGCGCCAUAAAUCCAGAGAAUGCCAGACUUUGACAACAUUUUCCCACGAAAGACCACCUUCCUGUUCAAGUGAGCACAGCACAACAAGGCAAGUCCAAACAUGUCUUAUAUGCUGCUGCAUAAAUGAUGUAAUAUGCCAGGGAGAUAUGUAUACCGUAGCUAAGAAAGUAAUAAUAAGUGUAUGUAAUCAUUUGGUCUAUUUUCUGUUCUGACUUCGUGGUGCACAUGUAGCCUAUAACCUGUUUUAGAGAAAUGUAACUGUUGAAUAUUAAGAGCUUUCAUUGUCUGCUUAUAUGCCCCCUUUAUUUAUCCUAGGGUUCUGACUUGGUGUAUAGGGAGAAUACCUUAACGGCCUGUGUUCUGAAUUCUGUCACUGUACAUUUCAAAACGGUUGAACAAGUAGUUAAUGACUACAUCCGUCCUAGCUCAGGCAUGCGUUUAAAAACUUUUUUAAAAUCACGGAUUGUGUCUCAUCCACUUGUUGUCCCCUUAUGCCAUAGUUUGUACAUCUCAAUUGUCAGUUAAGCAAGCUGACGUAAACAUUUUUUUAAGCAAGUCAGCCAUGUUUAUUUUAAUUUUAAAUGAGGCUGAAUUGUUUCGCUGGCAGACAAGACUCCGCUGAUAGCCAGGUGUCGCAGUGGUAAGGUGUUGGGACAGCUUUAUGUGUGCACCGUUUGUCACUGUUAUAGUGCAAUUAAUGUAUUGUUCAGUGUUGAAUACUGGCAUGCGUCCUACAUUUUCUUUGUUUGUCCACCAACCAAGAUUUACAUGCUAAAAUCGCCGCUGUCGACAGGGUGACCUUUUUUCGAAAAUGACUAAUUCAUGGGUCAGCUGAAAUGGUCUGCUAGUGUCUGAAAGUGAAUACAUGAUACUUUUGCUUUCCAUUCGGGUGCAUCCUGUUCUGUAAAUGUCAAGUUUCAUAUUAACCAGAGAGGGGGAAGAUGUGAGUACAGCAGAGCUUGAAGAAAAAACCACAAGCCUAAUAAAAACUGCUUGAAAUGAGCAACAAUGAGAUCAGCUUGAAGAUUGUAAUGCUAGAUAAGUGUAAUUGCUGAUCUUUAUGUAUAGUUCCCAUUCCAACACCAUAAGGAAAUGUAAAUUGAGUGAACAAUGUUUGUCAUUUUGAAGUGCUUUUAUGUGCAAUAUCUUUUUUAAUUUCCUAACCAGUUGUAAAUGGAUUACCUUAAAAGAAAAUACAAGUACAAUGAGUACUACUGUUCUUUUGUACAUAAAAUAAAAAGCAACUAAAGGGUUAUAAUUCCACCUGCAAUGGUAAAUUCAUAGUCCUGGUACCUUUUUUAAAAUGAAGUGUACAUGCAAUGUGUAGUAGUGUCAUGUUUUGAGGUAUAAGAAAGAUCGGAUGUCGAAAAA